AUCCCAGAAGCAAGAGGAAAGAAUCACCACUCUUAGGUCAUCUUAUGCCACAAUGUCAUACAAUGUUCGAAAGGCUAUCAGAGAUGCAAACAUUGAAUUGGAAGAUUUGAAGGACUUUAUCAUUAGCAUGGACAAUAAACUUGAAAAGAAGUUAGAAGAGUGUCAAAAUAUUUCAAGCACCUUACGUCUUGUUGAUAAAGAAUGCUCAUUGAUCGACAUUGAACUUUUCUGUGCAGUAGUAGAAAAUUUUCAAAUUGAAGCAGCUGAGAAGCACAUCAAAGAAUACUGUGAUUUUUCAAGGGAAUAUUUUCAAUACAGUCCUAUUGCUUGCUAUCUAAAAGAAAGGCUUAUUGAAGUUUCUACAACUUACUCUCUUCUUCAGUGCGAAUCGGUGACUUACAUUUUUGACUGGGAACCUAGUGAGGAAUUACUAGAUGACAUCAAAGACAUACUUGCAAAGUUAUCUGGUAAACUUGUCAAGAUAAGGUUUAUUGGCAUUGGUGAAUCCACUUUCAAUGAUGAAAAUAAAUUCCUACAAUUAGAUGCUGUAUCUAAAUGGUUACAAGAAGGUGAAGUCAAUCUAACUGUUAAACGUGUUCAAAUGCUUGGUCCUCCUUGCUCUGGUAAAACAUGUUCUCAGCAUCUCUUACUAAAUGAAGAUCCACCUCAAGUAGCUGUCACUGACAGUACACCAAUAACUUGUCGUGCUGUCAAAGCUACAAGAAUAUCUGCCCAUGAUAAUUGUAUGGAAAGAGUUGAUGCUAAAGCUCUUCUUUCAAGAUUGGCAGGUGAUUUAAAGGAAAGUGCAGUAAAACAAGAGGGAGCUUCAUCUAAACAAAAGAAAACAACAAAAGAAGGUUAUGACACAAAGUUAAAGAAGAAGUCUUCAGAAACCAUUCCUUCUGAUAGUCCUGAGACUAUAGCAACAGAAUCAGCAGAUACAAUUGAAUCAGUAGAUACAGCAGAUACAGAGCCAGCAGAUGAUCCUGAUGCAAAGAUAAUAUGUAAAGAUAUUGUUAAAGCCAUUCCCAAAGCAAAAGCUAAUUUAAAUUGUAAUUGGGUAUACAUUGUUGAUUCUGGUGGACAGACAGCAUUUCAGGAGUUAUUGCCUUUGUUUACUAGACCUGCUUCUUUGAACAUCAUCACAAUAGACCUUUCUAAAGAUCUUGACGAGAAGCUUGAUCUACAAUAUCGAAUUGAUGGGAAAUCAUUUCCUUGUGAUUCAGAUUUCUCAUAUUCAAAUAUUGAGUUUAUAAAAGAUGUGCUGUCCUCUGGAGCUGUUUCACAGCCUUAUCACAAUAAGUACCCAGGAUAUUUUGUUCUGGGCACUCACAGUGAUCAUGACAAAGUAACACCAGAAAAGAUCCAAAAUUAUAAUGAUGAGUUGUCAUCAUUAACAUCUGGGUAUAAAGCAGAAAAAGGCUAUCGCAUCAUUCCUGCCAAACUUGGUGAAAUCAUGUACCCAGUCAAUACAAUGCUCAAAUCUGGUCCUGAAAGACAAAAAAUGUCCAAAAAGCUUUGUGAUCUAAUACUUAAUGAUAAGAAUUCGAAUGAUACAUUCCCUAUGCCAGUACGAUGGUUUGCUUUUGAGCUGACUUUGCUAAAGAAAGCAGGAAAUGGCAGCUGCCUCAAGAAGCACGAUGUCUUAUCUAUUGGUAGGAGCCUUGAAAUGGAGGAAAAAGAUACAGAGCAGGCUUUACUGUAUCUGCACAAUGCUACCAUUAUUCUUUAUUUUCCUGAAGUUUUACCCAACUUAGUAUUUGUUGAUCCUCAUCCUAUUCUCGAUACUCUAUCACGCUUAUUAGCUCUUACUUACAAUAUUGAUGUAGCUCAUCUGUCUCUCCUUACAAAGGAAGGGGUAAAUAUAUUAGAUUCUGAUGAUCUAGAAAACCUAAGGAAAAGAGGAAUAUUCACUAAAUCACUGCUGGAUAUGUUGAAUGGUGACAAGGAAUUUUCUACGCCUGAUUUCAUUGAGCUUUUGCUUCACCUACACAUUAUUGCCAAGACAAAUGAUGGUUAUUUCAUUCCUUCUGCACUGCCUCCUUAUACUGGUCCUCCUCCAGAAUCAGAUAUCAUUCACCCAUUACUAGUAGUCUGGCGCAACCUUGUCACUGAAGAAAUUUUACCUGUUCCCCGUGGAAUUUUUCCUCUAUUAGUUGUCAAUUUAAGGACAUUCAAGCAACCAGAAUUUCGUUUUCCUACCAAAGAUACUUCUACACAUCAAAAGUACAUGUACUUAAGAUGUCGAGACGCUAUGUCAUUUCGUGUUUUUGUUCACAAGGAAAAAAUUGGCACCAUUCAUCUCAUUAAGAAAAACAAAUGCAUUGAGAUUUAUUUCAAAGGCGAAGUUCUAAAAUACUGCCCACUUAUUCUUGAAGCAGUAACAGAAGCUAUUAAUAGCAGUAGUGUCGCCAUUAACUUGAAACCCGAUGGUCAUGAGUUUGCCUUUGCCUGCUGUUCAAAAGACUGCUAUCGUAUUGUCACAAAUGAAGCUGAAGAGAAAGUUGAAUACUUAUGUGACGAGUCCGCAAUUAUCAGUGGGCAAGAGAAGUACUGGAGCUGGCUUCAUGUUACUUACCAGAACCCAAAUAAAGGUCCAAAGUCACUUGAUAUCAAGGAUCUUAGAGAAAUAUUGAAAUUACUCAGAGAAGGUCAUUUUAAUGGUGAUUGGGAGGGACUUGGUCUAGAGUUGGGUCUAUAUAAGCAGCCAACACUCUCAAACAUACAGCAUAGUUACACCAAAGGAGAAGCUCCUCUUAGAGAAUGUCUUACUGCCUGGUUACAAAGAACUGAUGCUGUGAAUGAAUCUGGCGGAGCAACCUAUGCCUCUCUUGCUAAUGCUCUUGACACAAUAGGUCAAAAAGCUGUAGCUGAUCAUAUACGCAAAGAAUGUCAAAUUCACUUUCUACAGGAAGAAACUGAAAUUAGUACAUUAAAAGGCACUCCUCAUAUUUUGGACAUUGUUUAUCUAAGAGAUGUACGUUCAUCAUUAAAGAAAGGCAAUUUUGAUGACUCCAAGUGGCGUGAUCUUGGUGCUAAAUUAUGUUUACUUCCUGAUACUUUGAAAACUAUUGAAGAUGAUUAUUCUAAUGUCAGUAGACGUCUGAGGGAGACACUUGUGAAAUGGUUGGAAGGAGCCGAUGGUGUUUCACCUUCAUGGGGUUCACUAGUCAAAGCACUUGAUCAUGAAGAUAUUAAAAAGAAAAUGAUGCAGCUGAAGACAUAAGAUGCAAGUGGAUUAAAAGAAAACAUACAUAGAAUUACCAGUUACCACAAUUACAUUUUUUUUUCUAAAAUACAUUUUUGGCAAUGCAUUUUAAAUAUAUAUUUAUAAAUAAGAUUAAAAUUUUGACACACAAAAUAAAUUAGAAAAUGUUCCUGCAGAGAGGACAACUGCUCUUGUUACUAGUACUGAACCAUUUAUACUGAAA